AUAUUUUUUUGAAACAAAACAAAUGAUAACUAAAUUUUGUGCAAAGUUUGUGUCACUGGUUGUUGUUGUGGUCAUCAUUAGUAGUGAUCAAUCACUGUGUGAUCGACAAUAUGUUCACAACAAUCAAGAGAUAGAGUUGACUAAAGUGGUUGUCAUUGAUCCCAAACACUGUAAUACCAGUCAAGACAUUGUAGUCUUAAUUCUUAGUGCCGGUCAAUCAACGGGUAAAUACUUUGACUUUAGACAAGAGUUAAGGUCCGGUUGGGUCGGUGUCAUGAAAAGCCGUAACAUUGGUGUCUGGUUUGCACUCGGACUCAAUAACAACCAAACGGUUAAUGAAGAGCUGCUUAUUGAGUCAAACAAGUAUAACGAUAUCAUUCAGUUUGGUUUUGUCGACAACUACUAUAACUUGACACUCAAAGCCAUUGCUAUUCAACGAUGGCUUCACAGAUACUGUCCAUCAGUAAAAUAUGGACUGAAAGCAGACGACGACAUCUUCGUUAAUGUCGACCUACUGUUGAAAGUGUUGUCCGACUUUGAGACCGGUAUUAGUGGUUCUCUAUUAAAAAAUAGUUAUGUUAUCAGAGAUGUUGGACACAAGUGGUAUAUACCGGAAAAGUAUUUAUCGCGCGAUAAGUUUCCCGAUUAUACUAUGGGUUCGGCCUAUUUAGCGGACAACGUGACCAGAGAUCAAUUGCUUCGGCAACUGGACUCGUACAGAGCCGUCGAAGAAUACUAUGUUCUUGACAUUGAAGAUGCAUUCCUGACCGGUAUUGUAGCCGAAUUGGCUGACAUCAGGCGUCACGAUAGCCAUCAUUUUCGACAUGACGACUGUCAGUGUAUACCCAGUUUGCAUACCGUUCCCAUACAUUUCGAAUGCAAACAACGAUCGGACAUAUGGCGUGCAUUUUUGGAUGUAUCCAUGAAUACUAGUGCCUACUGUAAUAGUGGUCAUUCCGUAUGGCCGAUGAUUGGCCACCGAAGCCAUCACUACUACUACUACUAUAGCUUAUCAGUAGUUUUAGUAAUGUUUGCACAGUUAGCACUUUAUUGA